UUAGGGGGAGGCGAGAUGGAGCUGGACCUCAGGGAAAGAGGGAUCGAGCGGUGGAGAAUGAAAGGCUCUUCUAGCCGAGGAGUCACACGGACCUCUAGUGGCCGUCUCCGGAGGCUUGGCGACCCAGCGGGCCCAGCCUUGAAGAGAUCUUUCGAGGUUGAGGAAGUCGAGCAGCCCAACUCUACCCCGACCCGGAGGGUCCAGACUCCGCUGCUCCGCACCGUGGCCAGCUCCACUCAGAAAUUCCAGGAGCUGGGUGUGAAGAACUCAGAGCCCACCGCCCGCCAUGUGGACUCCCUAAGCCAGCGCUCCCCCAAGCCCUCCCUGCGGAGGGUUGAGUUCUCAGGGCCCAAGGCAGCCGAGCCGGUGUCAAGGCGCACAGAGCUGUCCAUCGACAUCUCCUCUAAGCAGGUGGAGGCCUCGGGGGCCUCCGGGCCAGCACGGUUUGGGCUCAAGAGGGCGGAGGGGUUGGGCCACAAGACACCAGAGCCAACACCUCGGAGGACGGAGAUCACCCUCGUCAAGCCCCAGGAGUCAGCGCACCGCAGGAUGGAGACGCCCGCCUCCAAGGGCCCCGAGGCGCCCAUCGCCCCUGCCACUGACGCAGCCCCCAAGAGGGUUGAGAUCCAGGUGCCCAAGCCAGCUGAGGUGCCUGUCUGUCCCCUCCCGUCCCAGACCCUGGAGAAUUCCGAGCCUGCCCCAAUGUCCCAGCUGCACAGCAGGCUGGAAGCCAAGCCAACCUCAGCUGAGGCCCUGCCCAGGAACCAGGAGGCCACCGAGGCAGCUCCUGGCUGUGUGGGCAACAUGGCGGACACCCCCAGAGAUGCCAUGCUCAAGCCGGCACCUGCGACGCGCAAUGAGAAGGCACCCACGGACUUUGGCUACGUGGGGAUCGACUCCAUCCUGGAGCAGAUGCGCAGGAAGGCCAUGAAGCAGGGCUUUGAGUUCAACAUCAUGGUGGUUGGGCAGAGUGGCUUGGGGAAGUCCACCUUGAUCAACACCCUCUUCAAGUCCAAAAUCAGCCGGAAGUCGGUGCAGCCCACCUUGGAAGAGCGCAUCCCCAAGACCAUCGAGAUCAAGUCCAUCACCCACGAUAUCGAGGAGAAGGGCGUCCGGAUGAAGCUGACAGUGAUUGACACUCCAGGGUUCGGGGACCACAUCAACAACGAGAACUGCUGGCAGCCCAUCAUGAAGUUCAUCAACGACCAGUACGAGAAGUACCUGCAGGAGGAGGUGAACAUCAACCGCAAGAAGCGCAUCCCCGACACGCGUGUGCACUGCUGCCUCUACUUCAUCCCCGCCACCGGCCACUCCCUUAGGCCCCUGGACAUCGAGUUCAUGAAGCGCCUGAGCAAGGUGGUCAACAUCGUCCCUGUCAUUGCAAAGGCCGACACACUGACGCUGGAGGAGAGGGUCUACUUCAAACAGCGGAUCACCGCAGACCUGCUGUCCAACGACAUCGACGUGUACCCCCAGAAGGAGUUUGAUGAGGACGCGGAGGACCGGCUGGUGAACGAGAAGUUCCGGGAGAUGAUCCCGUUCGCCGUGGUGGGCAGUGACCAUGAGUACCAGGUCAACGGCAAGCGCAUCCUGGGCAGGAAGACCAAGUGGGGCACCAUCGAAGUCGAGAACACCACACACUGUGAGUUUGCCUACCUGCGGGACCUCCUCAUCAGGACGCACAUGCAGAACAUCAAGGACAUCACCAGCAGCAUCCACUUCGAGGCGUACCGCGUAAAGCGGCUCAACGAGGGCAACAGUGCCAUGGCCAACAGCGUCGAGAAGGAGCCGGAAGGCCAGGAGAUGUAGACACCGCCCCUGCCGGACCCGCCCCGUCUCCCCGUCCCCUAGGCCUGCCCACCGCCCUGUCUUAUUUUAUAUCAUUUUCUCCGUUCGUCACCACCGUUCUCUGCCCCCUUCCCACGCUGCCAGGUGACAAGGCACAGCCUCCUGAGUGUCUGUCAGUCGCUCCUGGCGGCCCGCGGAGGGGCCUCAGUGUGGGACCCUGUGGCCUUCCUAGGACCCCGGGCCCCUCGGGGCCUGACCCUGCACCCCAGCCUGUCUCCCCCGAUGGGCACACAGAGCCGCCCUGGCGGCCCCCUCCGCGAAGUCCUCACCCUGGAGCCUCGUCAGGGACCAGGUCCCCUGGGUACAGCAGCCCCCAUCGCCCCCGUCCCCGUGUCCACAGCUCCUGGAGUGGGAGGAUGGAGCCCCUCCUGCCCCGAGUGGCGUGGGCCAUAACUCAGUCCCCGACCCACCCCGAGUGGGUCCGAUAGCCCACGUUACUGACUGCUUAGACCUGGCCAGGCCACCCGCCCGGAGCCCAUCCUGGAGCAGAAAGUGCCUUUACCCAGUCGUCCGUGUGAGUCAGAGGACUCUGCUAGGUUUCCAUUUGGGCCAGGAAAGGGAGGAAAGCGAGAGGAGGUGUGUGACUCACUGCCGCACCCCCACCACCAACUCACCCCUGGCAGGGGGGCUUUGGGUCCUCUGGUGUGAAACUUGGUGAGGACAGAAGGGCGCCCCACCCCACCCCUGAAUUUAGGGAAGACCGGAGCAAAGGAAGCAGGGGAAGCUGUGAAAGGUGCUGGGGGAGUUGGAGGUCUGUCUGUCUGUCUGUCGUCUGUCUGUCUCUGGUUUGGCCAGGAUGCUCUGGUUCUAUCCUGGUCCAGCUGCCCCAACCCCAGACUCUGCUCCUGGCUCAGGCAGGAGGCCAGGAGGCACCACUGUCUCUCAGGUGCCUGGACCCCUGAUGCCCUGGUGAAGACCCCCUGGAGAGGGAGAGAUGAGGGGUUGGAGGCGCACAGACAGAAGCGCUGGGGCUGCCCUGAGUCCCCAGGAGGAGGCUGUGGGGGCUGCAUACAGGUGUCUCCGCCUGGCGGUGUCCUGCAGACCCCAGACUGGCACCGUGCGGAGAAUCGCAGCGAGGGACGGGGUUGGACAGACUGGCUUGCAGCGUGUGAGCCACGGCGACUGCCUCUGUGCCUUCCUCUCGAGGUGUGCAGCCCCUCAGCAGCCCCUCAGCCCAAUGUUUACUUGCCAACUGCCGACUUGCCAAGUGUUUGCCAAAACCAAGACUGAAGGAAGGAGAUGUCUGGCUGCGGGGCCCAAGACUUGGGAGCCCGGGCCCCGGUGGCGCUGGGGUGGGGGGUACAGCAGCGUCCCCAGGGUCAGCUUCGCUUUCCUUCUCUGUAACCAGAUUUUGAAAAGUUCAUUUCAUGGGGCCCUGUUCCACAAUGGCGUUUUGCUAUGUGCCUCCUGAGAAAUGCGUCUCUUUUUGUAUAAAUAACAAAGUGUUGAAAUGUAUUUCCUGAAAUAAAAUGUUUC